UAAAUUGCUUGUAUGUUGGCGGCCACGUCCUGUGAGACUAGAGCGCACCCUUGCAGUACCAAGCACCUCUAACAGAUCGAAACGCUUAUGAUGGAAAUGCAGAAUCCAGACACAGGCAUCAAGAUGCACACUCAGAGGGUGAUGAUCACAAACAUCCCACAUGCUGUGGCAGGUAAUGAUGUACUGCAGUGGAUUCUCCAGCGUUUGCAGAUCACUGAAGAAGAGGCGCUACACCUGGGGGACCUGUUUGUCAAAUAUGGAUACAUCUACCCUCUGCAGGAGCCAAAGAAUCUCACUCUUAAAACAGACAGCAGCCUGUACAGGUUUCAAACCCCCUAUUUCUGGCCUGCACAGAGCUGGCCUGCUGAUGACACAGAUUAUGCAAUUUACCUAGCAAAGAAGAACAUUAAGAGGAAGGGGAUUUUAGAAGAAUAUGAAAAGGAACAUUACAACAUGCUUAACAAAAAAAUAAACUACAAGUGGGAUUUUGUUAUUAUGCAGGCCAAAGAGCAGUAUAAGGCAGGGAAGGAACGGAAGAAAGCAGACAGAUAUGCUCUGGAUUGCCAGGAAAGAGCCUACUGGCUUGUGAAUCGAACUCCUCCCGGCAUGCAAGAUGUCCUGGAGUAUGGAUUAGACCGAGUAACGGAUCCUAAUGAAAAUAAGGUAAACCAGAAAAAAACUAUGGACGUUUAUAGGAGAGAGAUCAUGUACUAUCAACAGGCCAUCGUGAAGUCCAGAGUGAAAUCUUCUGUCUCCCUUGGAGGGCUUGUGAAGUACUCUGAGCAGUUUCUCUCUAAUGAUCCUAUCCUAUCUGGAUGUCUCCCCAGCAACCCCUGGAUAACAGACGACCCUGAUUUCUGGGACCUCAAUGCAAAACUAGUGGAAAUCCCCACCAGAACGCGUGUGGAGCGAUGGGCCUUGAAUUUCAGUGAGCUGAUAAGAGACCCAAAAGGUCGACAGAACUUCCAGCUCUUCCUGAAGAAAGAGUUCAGCGGAGAGAAUCUGAGUUUCUGGGAAGCCUGUGAGGAUCUCAAGUAUGGAGACCAAUCAAAAGUUAAAGAAAAAGCAGAAGAAAUUUACAAGCUCUUCCUGGCUCCAGGAGCAAGGCGCUGGAUUAACAUUGAUGGCACAACAAUGGGCAUCACUGUCAGAGGUCUCAAGCACCCUCAUCGUUAUGUUUUAGAUGCUGCUCAGACCCAUAUUUACAUGCUGAUGAAAAAGGACUCCUAUGGUCGCUAUUUAAAGUCUCCAAUAUACAAGGAAAUGCUGGCCAAGGCUGUUGUGCCACAAGAGGCAGUCAAAAAAAGCUCCAGUUUCCCAUUUGGACGCCGCCACCUCCGUUCCAGCCCUAGCCCUGUCAUUCUGAGGCAGCAGGAGGAAGAGGCCAAAGCCAAAGAGGCCGCCACAACUGUGGACAUCACGCAGGUUAUGAGCAAGCUGGAUCGCAGGAGCCAGCUCCAAAAGGACCCUCCCAAGUAGGCUCUGAGCCCUCCAGGGCACAGCACAGGGAAAAGACAAGCUGAGGCUGGUGUUGAGCUUCAUCUCCCCUUCCUGAAGGUGUCAGUGCUGCUUUAUGUUUGCCAGGCCCGCUCUGCCAGCAGCCUGCUUGCUGCAUGUUGCCAUGGCAUCUGGAGCAGCAGAUGUAACUUCCCAGGCACGUUAGGCAUGGAAGUGCUGCUGGAGCCAGGUGGCUGGCUGAGCAGGAGCCCUGGUGCAGGCCCCAGCUCCCCUCCCUGCGCACUCCAGAGGGGGAUGUUUUCCAGCUUCCCUGAGCCCCCAGGUGCCCUGGCCACCUCUCCACUUCUGCUUUGCUGCCGAAAGUCCAGGAGCUGGGGUGGCACAAGGCAGGGUCAGGUUCUGCUCCUUCUGCUGUCCCAGUCCUUUGGGUUGAAAUUGGCCUUAUCCAGAGCAGAGGUGGAUGACCCCACUGGGAGCAGAAUGAGGCAGCCCACCUCGGAGCAGGACAGUAUGGGCAUACGUCCCCUCAGGAGGUUGCAUCACGAGCAGCUCACUGCAGAGAUAGACAGCCCUGAUGCCUCUCCAAGUAUCCUGCGCCUGCUAAACAAUGCAGGAGCCAAAGACAGAACAGUGGGGAAGACUUCCAGUGAGAACAAUAUAAUGAGUGUUUCCAAAGGUUUGGGUGGCCCUCAGGUUUAAUGACGCUCCCAAGUCCCCUCUUUACCUUGGAGAUAAUUAGUAGAAACCUCAGGUUUCUCCACCUGUUGCUCUUCCUCAUGAUGAGCUAGGUGUGCAGGCUUAGAGAGCAGUCCUCUUGCAAGAGCCUGUAGAAGGGCUUCAGAGAUGCAGCCAAGGCUUUGUGUUUCUUUUUCAAAUCCCUUCUGACUCGUCUUGUCGUCGUCUUGCUCUUCUAUUUUGUGCUUUUAAAAAAAAGCUAACAUGGGGUAGUUGCAGUUGCCUAGUUGCCAGUGGUUUGUAGCCCGGAGGCAAGGAAGAACCAGGGCAUGGGCAUUAAGAGCUGAUUUCAACUUUAAGUAGCAUUUUUUUUUUUCUUUUGCUCUUUCAAAUGCAGAAACCUAAACAACUGAUUUAGUGUUAAAGAACUCGGGGAGAUUCCAGGCUUUGCUGGGAAGCCCCUGUAUGUCUGGACCAGGCCCAUGAUUACCAGAAAUAAGAUUCCCACAAAGCCCAGUAAAAGGAAUUGGGAGGCAGAAAAGCUUCCUUGUUUGUUAGAAUUUAGGAGAAGCAGAGGGACUGGGUGGGAAGCACUUGAGGCACAGGAAACUUGGUAAGUCCUUCUGUUUGUCUUGUUCAUCCAUCGUUCCUACUGGGAUGAUUUUGCAGCAAAUAGCAGGUACAGAAAGCUGGAUACGAGUGGGAACUCUCAGGUAUCAGGGUGUAUAGGAUCAGCCACUCACUAACAGGGAAAUAGUUGAGUGAUAGCUAGGUCCCUAACAGCUUUGAACAGUAAUUCUUGCCCCUCUCUCUACGUGUUAUCAGAGUCAGAAUCAGGGCUAUAUGGUCACUGCAAAACUUGUCUCCUUCACUUUACAGCUGAGCUAAGGUGAUUUUCAUGACCUCUUUUAACCUAAUGAGGAUAAAUCUUCUUAGAGGAAUUGAAACCAUGCUGCAUGAGUCUUACUCUGAUGUCAAGGACUGCUUGCCAAGUCUCUGUUCUUGUUCCCAAUGGAAGCAAUGGCAAAUUUUGCAAUGCCAUAAAGGGAAGCAGGCUCAGAACAUACUUUUUUUUUUUUUUUUUUAAUUCUGCUUGCAACAGCAAGGCUUAUUUAUGUGAGAUAUUGAGCACUAUCAACCUACCUUGACGUAAGGGUACUGAAGGAUACUCGGAGCUUGACAGGGUUGGUCCAAAGCUGUUUGGAUGCAGUGAGCUGUUCAGUCUCUUCAGAAUCUGUGUAGCACUGGGCAGGCCGGGAUUGCUAGUAUGUAAUAACAUAUGGAAGAUCAAAUCAGGAUAUAAAUAACAAAUAACCUGUGUUUUCCAGUCACUUGCUGUGAUUCCACUUUUCUGGCUUUUGUUUUUUAUUUCUACCCAUUCCUUUCCCUAAUUUUAUCAUCUCAGCUUUGCAUAGUUGUCCCACUUUCAUGGGUUAAUGUUGCAUGCUCUGGUGUCUCUGUGCUUAUGAAAGAUCAGUCCUACCCUUGCAGGCAAAAGCUGGCUCUGUUCUGCUUAUGGGCUGAAUAAGCUGGUGUGACCCAGCAUACUACUUGCUCUCUUGCUGCUUGUUCCCUCUGAAGAGUGCCCGUGGUACAAAUUGAACUUUACUUUGUGUCAGGCAAGAAAUGAUUUGUUUCCAUUGGAAAUCAGAGCAAUAUGUUGUUUCAUUUCUUGGCCAUCACUUCCAUGCAUUCAUUUGUCUAAUAAAAAUAAAUGUAGAGAACGAAAAAAACUGAGUUCAUCCUUCUCUGUUGUCUCAGUGUGUUCAUCCUUCACAGUGUCAUCUCUUUGCCAUGCAUGCAUGUAUUUUCUGUGUAUGCCUCUUUGGACACUUGGGAUUCAUUUCUUUUCUGCUGGUAGUGUGUCCUUGGGAAAUGGGUGGGAGACCCUACUGUGCACCAUGUACUCUGCUGAUGCAUCUGUACUCCAGCUUGUCCUGAGGGCUCUUGGGGCUGAGCCUGGGAUUUCACUGUGCCAGCUAGAGGCAGUGGGGGCUGUAGCGCAACGUGUAGCAUCUUGUAUUAUUAAUCAUUGGGGUUCUGAGCUCAGCGUCCUGUUCCUGUUCCGUGACCACCCCAGCACAUAGCACGUUGGUGCUUUGGGUUUACCGUGGUUGGCCAUUUAUAACUGAGCUUAUGCUCUCAAAAGAGCAGACUCUGUGCUUAGAGCUAAUUUUUGUAAGGAAUUAGACAAGCUGAUCUCUUACACCAACCUGUCCUGUUCACUGAGGCCUGUAGCAAUGGUCCUCUUGCUUUCCAUGGGCAAAUCACCGCACUAAUGCCCUUUCUCAUAGAGGGUGCCCACCUAAGGGGCAUAAGUGUCUGUGUUGUGGGGCCAGAAAUCUUCUUGACCCUGGACAAGUCCCUUCUCUGUGCCUCAUUUGCCUGAAGAAGUUACUAUUUUCCCCUUCCCCUCUGCAGUUGGAGGGUGAACAGUGCCGCACCACGCGUUGGCCCCCACCCCGAGUCUUCUGUGCUUUGGGGGUUGGACCGAGGUGUGAAUUUCCCAGCUUGAGCCCUAAAGCUGGUCUCGCCCUCCAAAGCCAGGGCUUGGAUUCAAACCUUGCAGGCAGCUCCCAGCCUGGUGGAUAUCACUGAUGGCUUCAAAAAUGCUGGCGCUCAACCAGGUCUGAUAUGACCCUGAGUGCAGCGGCCUGUCAGGAGGAGGCACCACGAGCUGGUCUUGCGCCUGUCCCCUCCUUUGGAGGAAGCUGCGUCCCCAUGUCUGUCCUCACCAUCUGGCUGAGGAGCCAAGCUGGAUGCGGCCAGGAGAUGCCCAAGGCGGAGGCCAC